AUGCCAUACAAACAGCCCAGCUCGAGCUUGCACUUGCGGGGAGGUGGCAAGGAUGACGAAGAAGUUAACACAUGGGGCGAUUUGGAACAGGAGUUGGCUUGGCUUGAUUCCCAAUUUGAUGCCAUAGAAAAGGAGGAGGGGGAGAGGAAACGCCAAAAAAAGACGCAAGAGGAAGAUAUUCAAGAUACGAGGAGCGAAGUCGAAAUGAGAAUGUUACAAUUACAGGACAAAAUAAAACUUGCGAAGGACGACGAAAAAUGCGCUCGGGAACUGUCGGAGAAGGAUGUAGAUGGAGUUCAAGAUAAUGAGGGAAGGACAGGGAAAGAAAAGGAGGUUUACGAGACUCGCCAGAGGGAUGUCAACUUUCACGAAGCGCGCGUCAAGGGAUGA